AUGAUGGUUUACGACCACGACGUCAAAGAGCUGACAGCUCCUAUUCGCGGAGAGAACAAUCUAGGCGCGCAACCCAAAAUCAUUUCACAACGGACGGUCUAUAAUGCCAGUGGUGGCUCGCAGGUUCACAGCAUGAUUGAACUGGAGGUGACACUUCUUGACAGGAAGAGUCGUCGUAUGUGUCCCUGGGAGAGAGUUCCAGCGAUAGUACAAGACGGUUAUUAUAUACGCCAUCGAUCGGAAAGAUUGGAUGGGCCAUGGACACGAGCUCGCUUCUAUACCAUGAACCAGCCAGAUGGUAGUCUUUGUACACAAAUCGCAAACGACAAGUCGUCUUUAGCUGUCAAGAGAAUAACUCAAAAAGAGAUCAAACCGUUGGUAUCCCAGCCCGCUUCGGCCAGUCAGCCAUAUGACGUUGGCAGUCCUUUGUCAUCGGUCUCGCCGAGAUCCACCCCGGAACGAGCAAAUACCCCCAUCAAGGAGCAGAUAGCGCAGACGUUCCAUAAGGAAAGCCGCUCAUGA